UGAAAUUUCAUUUAUCCGGAACCGUAGAGGAAGAGAUAUCUAUAUGGUCAAAGCGACACGUGGCAUUUAUACAAGACAAUCCAAUCUACGGUAGUAAGGUGUAUCUUUCCGCACUAGAUCCUUCCCCAAUAACACAUCCUCCAGGGCUUCAUCGCGCGAUCUGCGACUCCUCUCUCUCUCUGUUCUGAGAAACGACGACGAGAAGAAGAAGAUUUAGCUGACGAAAACUACAACAACAAUGGUGAAGGUUUUGACUUACUUUGGGAUGACAUUGGCCGCUUUCGCCUUUUGGCAAUCCAUGGACAAAGUUCAUGUCUGGAUCGCUCUUCAUCAAGACGAGAAGCAAGAAAGAAUGGAGAAGGAAGCGGAGGUAAGGCGAGUUAGAGCAGAGCUGCUACGGAAAGCUAGAGAGGAGGAUCCACUUGCCUGAUCUUCUUCUGCAGUCAUGCUUUUGGGUGUCUUAAUCAUAUCAAUUCACUUCUCCUGCACAUUUUGUCUUUACUGUUAUGGACCAAAAUUGAGUUUGCAUAAAGUGACAUUACCAUAUAUGCUUUUGAAUGUGGGAUGAUGAUGAAUAAUUGUGUCUUUUGUUGUUCUUCUUAACUAAUGAAACAACUAGUGGAGAAGUUUCAGCAUCUUGCUCUGGUUAUGUUUUCCUCUUAACUAUGUAUCAUUGAGUUCGUGUUCAUGCACAAGUCAAGCAGAUUUCAGAUGUCUGAUUCAUCAGAACAGCCAAGAUUGAGCUUAGUAAGAACUAGA